CCAGCGCCCUGCCCCACUCCGGACUCUCUAAACCGCGUCCGCGACCAUCGAUUUCCCAGUCGGUGCGCUCCCAAUCGACCGCGCGCCGGUCCUCGCACUCGGCCGUCGUGCGCGCCGCGCAGCCCGGCACGCCCGCCGCGCGCACGGGCCCGCCGAGCUCGCUCAACGUCAGCUACUCGCUCCCGGGAGGCCGCUACGGCGGCUCGCGCCCGCCCUCGGCCUUCGCCCACCCCGGAGGCGACUUCGGGAACUACUUUACGUACUCGCCGAGGAACUCGAUGGCGAUGACGCAGCACGCUCAAAUCGACGAGGAGGAUCCGGGGUCGUCUCACCCACAGGGAGAAAGCGAAGGCGUGAAACGGCAGAGGCCGCGGCUGGACGCGCAGGACACCGAGUUUCGCGGUGCGCUCGAAUACGCCGACCCCGAGCAGCGCGAGAGCGAGCGCAAGGAGCGGGAGAGGUGGGAGCGCAAGCGCGCGAGUCGCAUGCAGAUGGGCGAGGGUGGGGGAGACUAUUCGAGCUGGAACCCCGUCAAGUGGUUCAACGCGGCGGAUUCGCCUACCUCGGGGAACGAGCAGCGCGCGAGCGGGACGUGGUUUGACUGGGGAGACUCCUCGAAGAAGGACAAGGGCAAGGAGAAGGAGCGCCAGGACUCGCAGCAGCCCGAGGAGCCCCCUGCGGAGGGAGAGGAUGGGCAGCACGAAGAGACUCAAGAUCCGGAGAAGGAGAAGGAACGAAAAGCCGCCGCCCUCGUCGCCUCUAAGAUGCAGCCCGGCGCGACCUACACCCCGCAACCUCCCCACAAGGCGCCGCUCCAUCUCAAACGCUCCCAAUCCCUCCCGCACAUGCGUCGACCGGCCUCCUCGCGGCCUAACGCGCCCCGCUGGCAACGCCUACGCUCCCUCCUCCCUUCGAUCGUCCCGCCACGGACGCCCGGGCCGUCGGUCGUGACGCCGCACAACGUGAACAUCACGGACGAGCUCAUGGCCGGCGGACUGUCGACGAUCAUGCUCAAGCUAUGGUUCGAGCGCGACGAAAAGGGCCAGCGUCGCGUGCCCGUGCUCCUCCACCGGCUCCGCAUCCGCAUCUCCGACUCGCUCUACCCGCUCUCCGGCCACAAGGCCGUGUUCCGGAUCGAGUGCGAGUACGCGAACGGCGCGUCAAGAUGGGUGAUCUACAGGCAGCUCCGGGACUUUAUCAGCUUGCAUACGCAUUAUACGGCGAGCAACGCGUGGAAUAGGAAUGUUGAGGGAAUGCCGGACUUCCCGACCACGAGUCUUCCAUACUUCAAGUGGCUGAGGGCGAACGCUCGUGAACGAGGCGCCGACGUCGAUCGCUCCGAGUUUGCGCGUAUGCAGAGAGGGCUGCUGGAGGACUACCUCCUCGGUCUCAUCCGUGCCGUGAUGUUCCAUCCGACCUCGAACCGCCUCUGUGGCUUCCUCGAGAUCUCCGCGCUCUCGAUCCAGCUCGCGCCCACCGGCGGCACGCAGUACAAAGCCGGAUUCCUCCGCAUCGACGCUUCGGGCUCUAAAGGUGGCGGUUUUGGCCGGCGGAGUGCGAGCUGGGCUAAGCGGAAGGAAGCCAAGUGGUGCGCGGUGAGGGAGAGUUAUCUCGUCGCGGUAGAGGAGCAGGGCGAGGCGACGGUGUGGGACGUGUUCCUGUUCGACCAGGAGUUCAAAAUCGAGAGGCCGCCGAGGGCGUACAGGCAGGGUCUUAACAUCCUCACGGGACAUCCGGAGGGCGGGUACGAUCACGAGUACGGUUACGCCGACGACGAGGGGAAGGAGAAGCCGGCGAACGGGACGGCGCGCAGCCAGGUGAAGCACAAGCACCAUUCGGUCACGGGCUCCAUCCGGCGUGGGUUCAAGAAGGUCGAGCGAGCGUUGCAUAUCGGCCACCAGGGACACCCACGGCAUCGCUCGGACUCGCAAAUGAACGGGCACGCGAAUGCGCGGUCCUCGCAGCAGGACGGAGACGGCUCGUCCUCCUCGUCAUCGAACUCGUCGGACGAGGAUUCGGACGAGGAGCGCGAGCACCGGCACAUGCUCGAUCCGUCGACGAACACGAAUCCGCUGAACAGCCCCGGCCCGGAGCACGACGGCGACCUCGGGCUGAUCCAGGGACAGGCGCAGGCCGGCGCGAACGGCGACGCGACGGCUGGACCCGCCGCGGCAGGCAAGAAGGACGGCGCAGGCGGGGAGGACAAGAAGGCGACGAAGGCGGUGAAGAAGAAGCGGAGCUCGCGCGAUGCGUCGAAGCAUACGUUUUAUAUCGAGAACGCGCAGAUGAGGCUGAAGCUUAUCGCUAGGAACGAGCGUCAGAUGCAGCAGUGGAUCGCGGCGAUGGAGCGGGUGGCGAAAACGUCGCAUUACACGGGCAUGAAUCGGUUCAAGAGUUUCGCACCCAUAAGGCUGAACGUCGCUGCGCAGUGGCUCGUCGAUGGACGCGAUUACUUUUGGAAUCUCGCGCGAGCGAUCUUGCUGGCCAGGGACCGGAUAUAUAUUCACGACUGGUGGUUGUCUCCAGAACUGCAGCUGCGUCGACCUAGCAAGGAACAUUACCGUCUCGACAAACUUCUGCAACGAAAGGCGCAGGAGGGCGUCAAGGUCUACGUGAUAUUAUAUCAGGAGGUCUCCAGUCGUACGACUCCUACCGACAGCAACUACGCAAAGCAACGGUUGACGUCUCUGCACGAGAACAUCAUGGUGCAGCGCUCGCCUUCGCAUUUUCAAACGGGCACGUUCUAUUGGGCUCACCAUGAGAAAAUGUGCGUCAUAGACGACGCGAUUGCUUUCAUGGGCGGUCUCGAUCUCUGCUUUGGACGAUGGGACACAGCACAGCAUGUACUCGUGGACGACCUGGAACCCGGUUCGGACGGUUCGGAGCACGUGUGGCCGGGCAAGGACUACAGCAACCCUCGCGUCAAGGACUUUUACUCCUUGAACCAGCCGGACGAGGACAUGUACGACCGGCAGAAGAUCCCUCGUAUGCCGUGGCACGAUGUCGGAAUGCAGAUCGUUGGUCAGCCGGCCAGAGAUCUCGCGCGACAUUUCGUUCAGAGGUGGAACUACCUUUUGCGGAUCAAGAAUCAUUCACGCACGAUGCCGUUCUUACUUCCUCCGCCCGAGUUCCACCCUGACGAACUGACGAGGUUGGGCCUGACGGGCACACUCGAGUUCCAGAUCUGUCGCUCCGCCGGCCCGUGGUCACUGGGUACGCCGACCAAAAUGGAGCAUUCUAUCCAGGACGCUUAUCUCAAAGCUAUCCAAAUGUCGGAGCACUUCGUAUACAUCGAAAACCAGUUUUUCAUCACAUCUACCAUGGUCGGAGACGUGAAGAUAGAGAACAAGAUUGGUGACGCUCUUGUACACCGCAUCAUCCGAGCCCAUCGCGAAGGUGUCCAAUGGAAGGCUUGCAUCCUGAUUCCUCUCAUCCCUGGAUUUACCUUCCCCGUCGAUCAUAAUGAUGCCAGCGCCAUCCGUAUCAUCCUCGAGUGCCAGAAUCGGACGAUCAGCCGCGGUCCGAACUCUAUCUACGGACGCCUGCGGAAAGAGGGUAUCGAUCCUGACGACUAUAUCUCCGUAUUCUGCUUACGCAACUGGGGUAAGCUCAAAGGCGAUGUCCUAACGACAGAACAGGUAUACAUCCACGGCAAGGUAUGCAUCGUCGAUGACCGGUUAGUCAUCAUGGGCAGCGCGAAUAUCAACGAACGCUCCAUGCGAGGCGACCGUGACUCUGAACUCGCUGCGGUCAUCAGGGACACCGACAUGAUCGACGGCACUAUGGCUGGUAAACCCUUCAAAGUCGGACGUUUCGCCCACACCUUGAGAGUUCGCCUCAUGCGCGAGCACCUGGGCGUUGACGUUGACGCUAUGUACGAGGAAGAUCUCAUGGCCAAUGAACCUGUGCAGCCCGAGCACGAGCAAGAGGAAUGGGACCCCGACAAGCAACAACAAUACGGCCAUGAAGACGAGGUUGUUGAAGUGACUUCGGGUCAGCACAGGACUGCUGCUAAAUCCAUCGCGCACGAUGUUUUUGAAGGGGCAGGCGAAGCUUGGCGUGGAGGCGCGGACGCCGGCUCCAAGGACGCACGUCUUCUCCUGCAUAGGUUUCACCUCAAGGGUGGGAACCUUGACGCUACGGCAGGGGACCAAGCCCUCAAAGACGAGCGCACAACGUUCACGAAAGAGGGCGAACAGGAGCCUGGCUUCGCGUCCGCCCAAGUUCCGACGCUCGAAGAGAAAAUCAUAGCAACACACAGCCCCUUGAAGGAUGCCGACGUCGAGACUGCAAACGGCAAUGCCAAUACGAUUGAAGGCCGGACUGCGGAUGAGACCGAGCUGUAUGGAGCGCCUGCAGAUGCUGCCAAGAACGAUGCCGCACCACCCAGCGGUGACAAGGAUGUAUCCUCCCAGGAGCAGACCGCGUUACAUUCGCGCUCGGUCCUUCGCAAGCAUGUUACAGCCAAGCUGAAGCAAGGCCCCUGGACGAUCCCUACUCCUCGACCCCAAGUCGACCCGAACGGAUUUGACGACCCUGUAUGUGAUGCAUUCUGGAGGGAUGUGUGGGUGGCUUCUGCCGUGCGCAAUACCGAAAUCUUCCGCAAAGUGUUCCAUGCGAUACCCGACGACAUGGUGACGACGUGGAAACAGUACAAGGAGUUCAUUGCCCAUCAUGAACGUCUGAACAAGCCUGUGAAGGGAGAGGCUCAACCUCUAGUGGCACGAAUGCCUUCUGAAACAGCGGAUGGAGAUGCUCCAGGUCAUCAAACGGUUGCUGAGAAGAACGAGGAUCCCGAAGGAAACAUAGUUGUCAAUGAGGACAGCGGAAAGCAACCGGGUCACGGUCAGCCUCAGGACGGAGUUUCUCGAAAAAGUUCAAGCACACAUUCUGAGCCCUCUGCGUCGCAUGGUGACAAGGACAAAGGGGUCGAUAGGACCAAAGAGAAGGCACAUCCUGCGGAGCAUAGCAAACAUCCAAGCGUUUCGCAGCCGUCGCAGCAACAAGGUCAAACAGAGGCACCCGGCGAGACGAAGGAGAAAGCGCGCCGUCACGCCAAGGGCGAUGAGCCAUUCGAAAAGUGGGAACGAGAGGAGAUGGAGAAUUUACUGCAUGAGCUUAAUGGGCAGUUGGUAUUAUACCCCACCCGAUUCCUUGAAGGCGAAGAUAUCGCCAACAACUUCUUGUUCAACGCCGACCGAUUACUUCCUCUCCCUAUCUACGAUUAAUCAUGGACCAUCCACAUCCACAAGAUUGCUGCGAUUCGAUUCACGGACAUGCAUUACGAUACCCUCUUGUAUUCUUGAUUUCGAAACAGAUAUCAAUCUCAGGC